AUGGCCAACCAAACCCCUGCCGUUGUCAUGGACAACGGCACGGGAUUUUCAAAGCUUGGUUUCGCCGGUAACGAUUCUCCUUCGUUCGUUUUCCCAACCGCGAUAGCGACGAAAGGCCAGGCUGGAGGUAGUGGAGGAACCGGCUCGGGACGACCUGCCGUGGCCAACAAACCAUCUUUCCUCACGGGAGGUGCCGGUCCCGCAGGUCACUUAUCAACGAAACGAGGCACCGAGGACUUAGAUUUCUUCAUUGGCGACGAAGCCUUAGCUGCCGCGAAUGGACCAGGUUACGGACUACACUACCCUAUUCGACACGGUCAAAUAGAGAACUGGGACCAUAUGGAAAGGUUUUGGUCGAAUUCUAUCUUCAAGUACCUACGUGUCGAACCCGAAGAUCAUUACUUCCUCUUGACCGAACCCCCUCUGAACCCCCCUGAAAAUCGAGAAAAUACGGCCGAAAUCUUCUUCGAAUCUUUCAACUGUGCUGGUCUGUACAUUGCCGUCCAAGCUGUCCUCGCCUUGGCAGCGUCUUGGACAUCGGCGAAAGUAUCGGAUCGAUCCCUCACGGGUACUGUUAUUGACUCGGGCGACGGUGUUACCCAUGUCAUUCCUGUUGCCGAGGGUUAUGUAAUCGGUUCCUCGAUCAAGUCUAUUCCUAUCGCUGGUCGAGAUAUCACCUAUUUUGUCCAGUCCCUACUACGUGACCGAGGCGAGCCCGACAGCUCUCUAAAAACAGCCCAAGAAAUCAAGGAGGAGUACUGUUACGUAUGUCCCGAUAUCGUCAAGGAGUUCUCCAAGUUCGACCGUGACCGCACUCGUUUCGCCAAGCAUGUUGUUGCGCACCCAGGCGGCCGCCAAGUCACCGUCGACGUGGGAUAUGAGCGAUUCCUUGCCCCUGAAAUAUUCUUUAACCCAGAAAUUUACUCUUCCGACUUCCUCACGCCACUCCCUGUUGUUGUCGAUGGUGUUAUUCAGUCGAGCCCGAUCGAUGUUCGACGAGGAUUGUACAAGAACAUUGUAUUAUCUGGAGGCAGCACGCUUUACAAGGACUUUGGGCGAAGAUUACAACGUGACAUCAAGCAUUUGGUAGAUGCAAGAAUUCGAGCUAGCGAGGUCCGCAGCGGUGGAGCGAAGAGUGGUGGUUUAGAAGUUCAGGUUAUCACUCACAAGAGGCAACGACACGGACCGUGGUUUGGCGGUAGCUUGCUGGGACAAACCCCUGAAUUCCGAUCGUAUUGCCACACUAAGGCUGAGUAUCAAGAAUACGGCCCCGGAAUUGUCCGAAGAUUCGCUCUGCUUGGUGGACCUGGUGGUUCGUAGUGUAAUGUUGACAGUUGAUUACGAUACCAGAUAGACGGUAAGGGGUGCAAAAGCUGGAAAUGUAUCCAAAAGAGUGUAGCAGGCUGAUUUUAAAAUGACGACCAAAUGAUCAAUUCUUCUAACUCCCUAUG